CGGUGAUCCGUGUCAAGCGUUAAAGCUGAUGUGUCCAAGAGCGUUAGAGCUUAUGUAUUGCAAUGUCGUUUAGAAAGUCGCGCGAACCUUCCGGUUCUGAUGGCGCACGUCCCGUACCGACGAAAUCGAAAAGCACUGCUGGUGAUAACAUAAAGGUAGUCGUGAGGGUGAGGCCGCUACUUAAAGACGAGAUCGUACAGAAGCAGGAGACAGCAUGGAGGACUACACAUAAUAGUAUUGUAAGGAGGCCGUAUACGGAUCCCAGCAAUAAAAAUAAACCUUUGCCAUCGUUCGUAUUUGACAAAGUAUACAAUGGUCACAAGACGCAGGAGAUAUACGAUGAGAUUGGAGAGAGCAUGGUUACCGCCGCAAUGGAGGGGUACAAUUCUACGAUAUUCGCAUACGGAGAGACGAACUCCGGGAAGACGCACACAAUGAAAGGAAUCAAGCAGGAACCUGGUUUCAUACCACAGGCACUCAAAGAUGUCUUCUCGUAUAUCGAGGAGUAUCCUGGCCGUGAAUACGUCUUGCGGGUGUCUUAUAUUGAGAUAUACAAUGAAGCCAUACACGACCUUUUGGAUCCCGCGGCACCUGAAUUGAAAUUGGUCGCGCACAAAACGAGAGGCAUCAUCGUCGCCGGAAUCAAAGAACAAAUAGUAACCUCCUAUGAGCACGUGAUGCCUCUCGUCGCCUCUGGUGAGGCCCACAGGCAUGUCGGACGUACCAACUACAACUCGUUCAGUAGUCGAUCUCAUACCAUUUUGCAGCUGAUCAUCGAGAGUCGGCCUGCCGGAGUCACCCCGUGCGCCACACCCUCGCCUGAGCGCAACAAAAUCGAUCCUGCUGCGAGACCUGUGCGUGCCAAGGGACAGUCGAGCGGAUACGGACAACAGGCCAAGAAAGAAGAGCCCAGCAAUGUCAGGGUGUCCGUCCUGAAUCUGAUCGAUCUGGCGGGCUCGGAGAAAGCAGCUGAUGAUGCUGCUCGCUUUAGGGAAGGACAGUUUAUCAAUAAGAGUUUGCUGACGCUCGGAACUGUGAUUAUGAAACUCAGCUCGGGCACCAGCACACAUAUACCGUAUAGGGACUCGAAGCUGACACGCUUACUGCAAAACUCUUUAACCGGAAAUGCAAGAAUUGCGAUGAUCACCACUAUAAAUCCUACUGUGAGGUGCUUCGAUGAGAGCAAGAAGUCCCUGUUGUUCGCGCAAGGGGCCAAAAAAAUAAAAACCGCUGCUAAAAUUAACCAGCUGGAUGAUUCGAUUUUGCAGCGAUACAAGGAUGAAAUUAAGGCCUUACAAAUGCGGGUGGACGAGCUGGAGUCGAAUCAUCCAAGGGUCAAUGAACUGCAAGCCCAAAUAGAAGCCCUACGAUUGAAGGGCGACAUGACAGAACAAGAAAUGGCGGGACAAGAAAGAGAGAUGAGAAUUAGAAUAGAAAUGCAGGAUGCCAUCAUCGCCGAUUAUCGCGAGCAGAAACAGAGGCUCACGCGCCAGAUUAUACAGUCACAUCGUACCAUUCAACCAACCAACGAGAGAAGAGCGACCGUUGACGAAUCUGAAGAGAACGGAGCGUUAGACCACAUGCGCACUAACCGACACGGCCUGGCGCAAACCGCGACUCUGGCCGACGACUUCCUAAACUUGGAAGACCACACCCUACCCUUGGAUGAUACUAGUCUGAGCUUGAUUCGGUUGCAGUCAGUUGAUUCGUUGAAAGACGAGGAAGUGAAGGCCAGUAUAAAAAAUGACCUAAAGCAGAAGGAGAUGACCAUCAACACCCUGAAACUAGAACUGCAGCACGCCAGGCAGGACAAUUCACUAUUAGACGAGCGGAUCGCGGAUCAGCAAGCCGAACUCGAUAGACUCACCAACCACCUACAGGCCAUACACGAGGCUUUGAACGCGAGGGGCAUCAUUCUUCCCGAAAUGGAGGGAUGGGCACCUGACGUGCCAGUGACCCUUACGCGGAGCAAUAGUACCACAAGCUGUGAUAGUGCUACAAGCUACUAGAGGUAGUCGCCCACUGAAAUGUACUCGCAGACGGACGCAAAUGAUAUACCGACACAUAUUGACCUCUGUGCCCAGUUUAGGUUAGGACACGGACGUAUCCUCGGGCAACAAGCUGAUAUAGAGAUCAAAGAUAGAAGCAUGGCAGUAAAUAAACAUACCACCAGAACACUUGGCUAGUAUGGACAGAUAGCUCCUCAA